AUGGCAGUGGGCGAGCUUGAGAGCAGCAAGCCCCUGAGCAGGCUGCUGAAUGUGAUAGCCCAGGAGACUUUCCAUAGGCACCCCAGCAUCACAGAGGAGCUGCUGCAGAGUCACCUGUAUCCAGAGGUGCCACCCGAGGAGUUCCGCCCCUUUCUGGCAAAGAUGAGAGGGAUUCUUAAGUCUAUUGCGUCUGCAGACAUGGAUUUCAACCAGCUGGAGGCAUACUUGACUGCUCAAACCAAAAAGCAAAGUGGGAUCACAUCUGACCAAGCUGCUGUUAUUUCUAAAUUCUGGAAGAGCCACAGGACAAAAAUCCACGAGAGCCUCAUGAACCAGAGCCGCUGGAAUAGCGGGCUUCGGGGCCUGAGCUGGAGAGCUGAUGGCAAGUCUCAGUCAAGGCACUCAGCUCAAAUACACAAGCCUGUUGCCAUUAUAGAGCUGGAAUUAGGCAAAUAUGGACAGGAAUCUGAAUUUCUGUGUUUGGAAUUUGAUGAGGUCAAAGUCAGCCAAAUUCUGAAGACGCUGUCAGAGGUAGAUGAAAGUAUCACCUCACUGAUUAGCCAGCCUAACUGAAGAUGAUGUGUGAGGAGUUGGAGUUCUUGAGACCAAGGUAUUCGUGAUCCCUCUCCAACAAUCAUUUUUAGAAAAAUUCUUGUGUCCCCAUUGGUAUUACAUCU